AUGCUGACACUUGCAGCUCUCCCACGGCUUCUCACCGCGGCAGCAACCAUGUUGGUCGUGACGGCUCAUCACGACUACACCACUUCGGAGGCUGGCAACCCCUUCGUGGAUGGAUGGUACGCCGAUCCAGACUGCCAAUUCUACCGAGGAGAAUAUUGGGUCUAUCCGACUUCAUCCUACCCCUACGAGCAACAGACGUACCUCGACGCCUUCUCGAGCCCAGACCUGGUCAACUGGACAAAGCAUUCCAGAAUCCUCACCAACGACAACGUCACAUGGGCGCACAAGGCCAUGUGGGCUCCGUCUCCCAUCUCGCGCAACGGCAAGUAUUAUCUGUACUUUGGCGCCAACGACAUCCAGAGCAAUGAUGAGCUCGGCGGUAUUGGCGUGGCUGUUGCGGAUCGUCCAGGGGGCCCGUAUGUGGACGCUCUGGGCAAGCCCCUUAUCGACAAGUUCCACAAUGACGCCCAACCAAUCGAUCAGAAUGUUUUUAUUGAUGACGAUGGACAGGCCUACAUAUACUAUGGAGGUUGGAGUCACUGCAACGUCGCCAAACUGAACGAAGAUAUGAUAUCAUUGGGGACGUUUGACGACGGUACCACAUACAAGGAGAUCACUCCGGCUCAGUAUGUUGAGGGCGCGCUUAUGAUGAAACGAAAUGGGAGGUAUUACUUCUUUUGGUCAGAAGGAGGCUGGACUGGGCCUGAUUAUGCUGUCAGCUAUGCCAUUGCUGAUAGUCCACUCGGACCUUUCAACCGCAUUGCCCGGAUUUUGCAGCAAGAUCCGGCAGUAGCCACAGGAUCAGGACAUAACGGCGUCCUAAAGGUCCCAGGCACUGACAUAUACUACAUUGUAUAUCACCGGCAUCCCUUGGGCGAUCAGGACGGAAACCAUAGGCAGCUGGCAUAUGAUCGAAUUUACUUCAACCCCGACGGCACAAUCCAACCAAUCACUAUGCUUGUGAAGGACAACUUUGCCGAUGGGAACAUGGUUGGCUGGCAGACUUAUGGUGGUAAUUGGAGCGCUCAGGAUAGGCACCUUGUUUCUGGCGAUGGAGGGAAGGGUGACAAAGCUGCACUGAAUGUCAACUUUGGCGACCAGGUGCUAGAUGCCGAUAUCACUGUUAUAAGCGGCGAAAAGGACGCCGGCCUCAUCUUCCGCGCGUCGCAACUCGGCCAAGGCGAGGAUCUUUACAACGGCUACUACGCCGGGAUCAGCGCAUCUGGUUACAUUGUUCUAGGCCGUGCAGUCGUGCAAAAUGGAACGGGCACCUGGCACGAGCUGCAUAGGGUAAACGGGGUGGCCAUCGAGAAGAGCAGACGGUAUCAUCUUCGCAUCCGCGCCGUCGGGAACAAGAUCGAUGUGCUUUUUGAUGACAUGUCAACCCCAAAGAUUGCGCUUGGAGACGUCGAGCGCAUCGGCGAGUCGGAAGCGCCUGCGAGCGGGACUGUGGGCGUCAGGGUGCAUACGGCGGUUGCGCAGUUUGAUAAUAUCUCCGUGGUGAAGGCCGAAUGAUUUAAUGGUUAUUUGAUGAGAUUCAGCUAGCGAAAAAUAUGAUUCUGCAUGAGACUGGU